CAGUUUGAUUAGCCAGUAACUACAGUCUACAACGCUCUCUUGUCAUGCGCCAGGCCGACAGGCGCCAGCAUCGAGCAUACAUAAUAGUGCCGUUUUCCGAAAACUAGUCUCGUUCACUCUGCCCAAUAUUGUUUAUUUUGUGCACUUACCAAUGGGCCCGAUUAUACACCGUGCUGCAUGUAAAAAUGUAAACUUUGUGUACUGUGGCGCCUGAAGGUAAAAAGCAAAAAGCCCGUAAUAUACGUACCUGGACCGCACGUCACUAUGUCAAACUACUUGAGUAGCGCCUCCACUAAGAAAUCCGAUGACAAGUAUGACGACGAACUGACCGAUAGAGACGAUACUAAAAGAAAGUCAAGAAACCUAAGUGAGAAGAAACGCAGGGAUCAAUUUAACAACUUAAUCAACGAAUUAAAUCGCAUGUUGUCCACAACCAAUAGAAAAAUGGAUAAGUCUACUGUUUUGAGAACAACUAUAAAUUAUUUAAAUAAACAGAAAGAUAUAUUAUUGAAUUCAAGAGUACACGAAAUAGAUAAUGAUUGGAAACCAGAAUUCCUAUUGAAUGAAGAAUUUACACAUAUAAUUUUAGAAGCACUGGAUGAAUUCAUUAUAGUAUUUACAUCAUUAGGAAAAAUUCUCCAUGCUUCAGAAACUGUCACUGCUCUUCUUGGUUAUCUUCCGAAAACCAUGGAAAAUUUAUCAAUAUUCAAAAUAAUUCAUGAAGCUGAUCACUCAAUGUUACAAGAUCGAAUUGUAGAAUCCAGACUUUCUAAGAAUUAUGAUAAUGAUCAAAUUGUAUUUUCUUGCCAUUGUAAAAGACAUGAUCCAUUUAAAGAUAAAGAGGAAAAAAGUCAAUUUGAAUUGGUGCAAUUUUUCGGUUACUUUCAACCAAGUAGUGAAAUAUAUCAUGGUAACAAUUUUAGGAUUUCAUCUCCAUUUAGCAGUGAAGAAGAUGACCUAAACCUAGUAUUUGUUGGUAUUGGACGAAUUAUGACUCCACAGUUAUUAAAAGAAUUACCAGUUAUGGAGGAUAUAAAAAGUGAAUUCACCUCCAGACACAGUUUAGAAUGGAAAUUUUUAUUCCUCGAUCAUAGAGGUCCAUCAAUUAUUGGCUAUAUGCCAUUUGAAGUACUAGGGACAUCAGGUUAUGAAUAUUACCAUAUUGAUGACCUAGAAGAUGUAAUAUUAUCACACCAAGCUCUUAUGUUGAAAGGCGAAGGAACAUCUUGUUACUAUCGGUUUUUAACCAAAGGCCAACAAUGGAUAUGGUUACAAUCAAGAUAUUAUAUCAGUUACCACCAAUGGAACUCAAAACCUGAAUUCAUUGUUUGUCAUCAUCAAGUCAUAAAUUAUUUUAAUAUUAUUAAAAAAGAAAGUGAGACUAAUGAUGGAAGAAAGAAUAGUAAAAAAAGAUUAUGGCACGUUCCUUUAAAUGAAAUUGAACAUCAAUCAUCAAAUAGUGAUUAUGAUUCAUACCCAAAGAGAUAUUAUGAACAACAAAGUACAGACUCGCCAAAAAUGAAAAUUAGAUCAAUUGAAGAUAUUCAAAAUUCUAAUUGUGAAGGUGAGUCGUUGACAUUGAUAGAAAACAAACAAGAUAUUUCUGAAACAUUAAACAAUUAUUUAGAAAAUGCCCAAUCUUCAGUAAAAUUACCUGCUGGCUCAGUUUCCCCAUCACAGGAAAAUCUCAUUCAAAAUCAGUUACAACGGAAACAAGAGCAAUUGCAAAAAACUAUAGUCAAACAACAGGAGGAACUAAAGAAAAUAACUAAACAAUUAUUAAUGGCCCGAUGUGGAAUUUUGCCAACAUUUGUGGAUGAUUCUUUACAAACAUCCUCGCAGCCUUCUGAGCAAACAACUCAACAAGAGACCUCUACCGAUCAAAUAAUUUGUUCCGAUGCCAGUGGAGAACUGUUUGAAACGCCUCCAUUAAUUUCUUCUGAUGUUUUAUUAUUACAUGAACGAAAUGAACAAGUUAUGCAACAUUCCUAUUCAUCAAAUAUAACACAGAACAUGGUCAAUGAAGGAGGAGGACAAUUGGAUUAUAGCUAUAAUAAUCAGUCUAAUGAUGUUCUUUUUGAACAAAGUUCUCCUUGAAAACAAUAACUAUUUUAAAGGUAGCUUAAUUUCUCAUGUAUAUUUCUUAAUGUUUCGUUGUUAUUAUAUAUAUCCAACGCUCAAUGAUUUUUUAGUAUAAUAGUAUAUAAAUAAUGAAGUGAGUUAUCACUCACUAUUUACUACAAAUUACCAAGUAUGUAUUUAAAAAAAAUUGUAUAAAGGAUUUUAAUAAUUUAUUCUUAAA